AUGAUUGGGGAGCUGUUCCGAGAAAACGAGGAUGUUGUGUAUGUGUACGAACCAUGCCGGGCCUCUGGCAAGGGGGUACUGGGCAACUACCAAAUGCUUCUUCGGACGGAGUGCUUCGCGCUUGCACGCAGGUUAGUCCGGUGUGAGUUCGAUGUGAACGACUCCGACAGGCUCGGAACGGACGGCUUUGCUGCCGGGUUUAGCUCACCUGUGGUGGCCGAUGUGCACAAAUCAGUCAAGGCCGGCAAAGGGAGCGGUGGUGGCUAUAGGGCUGAGCUACUCCAUCGAGCGCACCAAGCGUUGAUGGACGCUUGCAAGGAGAGCAGAGCUGUGGCGAUCAAGACCAUUCGCUUGCUGGACGGAGUGGGCGAUGCCGCAAAGUACGACACCUCGGGGGUGAACAUUCUGCAGCUCGUGCGUGACCCUCGCGCGGUAGUUCGGUCGCAACUGAGGCACUGGGGCUUAGAUAGGUUCAGCGAGGCGCUGCCGAAUGUUCGAGAGUUGAAGGGCAUGACGGACUGGAGGGCGAGGCAGACGGAAUCUAGGCGCGCCGUGGGACAAUACUUAUGCUCAAACUACCGGAUGCAGCUGGACUCGCCCAAGCAACAGCACCUUGACGAUGGGAAAUACCUCCAGCUACGAUACGAAGACUUUGCUACACUCCCUACCGUUGUCGCUGAAUUGGUAUACUGCUGGGCUGGGCUGGGCCCCCUCCCCCCAACCGUGGCAACGUGGAUCGACGAACACACCAAAAUGUCGAACUGUGAUGCUGCGCACGGCCCGAGAACGCGCCGCCGGAUGGCCACCAGCUUGGUCGCCACCGCUGCUAGCCACGAAGGUUGUGGCGGCUCCAUGGCAGUCUUGGUCAGCGGGUGCGAACAAGGAGAGCAACAUCACCGGGAGAUAGGCCACACCGACGCUUUGCGGAAGCCAGGGAACCUGAGAAAGAGGUCCAGCCCUGGCGGAGCUUCCUUUUCAGUACCUGUAGGUGAGAGUGCGGGGCCUGUGCCUGCGAGCCACCGGCAGUCAAACUCAAGCAGGGAGCCUGCACGCGAUACGGAACCCUUUGACCUACAGGGAUAUGCCACGUUGGUUCCGGCGAAUGGAGCAACAGCGGUGUCUACUGGAACAACCAACGGGAGCCCUCCUGUACGGCCGAAUGCUCGAAAGGCCCUCGAGGCUGCGGCCGGUACCGCCGGCGCCGACAAAGGCACCGGCGGGGACUGCGUCAACCAGAAACGCUACUCCGACCAGCAUCCCUACGACACAACGCGGCACUCCUCGGCCAUGGUAGACCUGUGGCGACAACAGAUGCCCCAAGCGGACGCACAGGCCGUUUGGGACGCUUGCCAAGCGUCCAGGGUCAUGGAGGAGCUAGGAUACUCACUCUGACGAAUGACGAAGUGGGCGAGCGAUAUUGAUCGACUUCAGACGCCGAAGUUGGGUGCUAACCUGAUUGGCAAGGGUGACCUCCGCGUGUCACGUACGCUUGAGGAUACACGAGUACUCAAAUCUUCGUCUUGUCUUUAGUCGAUGUCGCCGACCAUUGUACGGGUACUGGGGAGCUUUCACCAAUGUGAAGGUUCUUCCGAUCACAACGAUGCCACCUCUUAGGUACGUUUUUGUGUCCCGUUGUUCGUGGGCGUCGUUCUUCGGACUCGCGUAGUUUGAUUGGACCGCUGAUUGGAUGCGCUCAUGCACCAUUUGCCGAUCAGUAGACUGGGUCUGUUUGUGUUGUUGUGGUGGACCAUAAGCGAACAGGGACAACUCACGUCUGGAAACGUCACUGCUGUGAUUGCGUGGAUUUGACAGUUGUUAGCGGGGGCCGAUGAGGCAUAACUCUCAAUCUUGUCCUUCGCGACAAAAGUG